AUGGUGAUCCCCAACUACACCUACCUCAAGCUAAAGAUGACAAGCCCGAAGGGAGUCAUCACCGUCGGUCCCUCGUUCGAGCACGCCUACGAGUGCGACGUCGAGUGCGUCGAGCACGCCGAGGCUCUGGCAGUAGACGAGGCUCUCGCCGCACAGCUGGAGGACAUGACGAACGAGGCCAUGGACUCCGCGCAGCGACACACGGGCAGCUUCGAGUAUGCCGAGGGUACCAAGGACGUACCCCUCGACCCCAACACCCCAGAUGGCAAGACGCUGAAGAUUAGUGCCACCCUUAGCAACAAAUAG